CACCGGGAGGAACAUCAGGAACUUGCCGUGCGUGUCACGGCGAACCGGCGAGACCGGCGUUUGCAUGUUCGCGUUCACAUGCGCGAAGGCGAACGGCACCCAUCUCGGCACCUGUAUCGACCGAUUCUACUUCGGCAGUUGCUGCAAGAUCGACGAGGAGCCGGACAUAUUCCCGCAGGACAAUAGCAUCGACGACGGGUCCCCGGCGAGGCCGUUCGUCACGACCGUUGGGCCCAUUGAGAGCAACGACAUACCAGAGUACUUCUCAAGGCCGAAGCCGAUCGCCGAGAAGAAACCGCCUGCAACGCAGCCCGUCGAGACGACGACCGGCAGCUACAGCGUCCAGAGCACUCAGGCUCCCACGACGCUGGUAAGGGAGACGACGAAGCCGUCUACUAAGAGGCCGACGCUCACGACGACCGUCGAAACGACCACGCAACCGGUUCGGUUAUCGACCUUCCAAACUGUGCAGAAUUCCACGGUCGAGGAUUCGACCGCGGAAACGCCGAUCACGGUUCCACCGCAGCAAAAAACCACGGUCACGAUCGAGACCACGAGCAAGCCGUCCAGCACCCAGACCGCCGCGAUCACGCGGAGACCAACGACGUCGGAGACCGUGACGAAAUCGCCGUCCACGGUGCCGCAGACGACCAAGCCGUCCACGAAGAAGCCGAUCCACUCGUCCUCGUCCCAUAAACCACCUGCGAGCCAUAAGCCCGGCCACACGACUGUCCAUAAAGCUCCGGAAACGACCACGGUUAAACCUAUCCAGACCACCAUAACGGAGAGGGCGACGGAAACGACGACGCCGAAGCCUGUGGUCACUACCACGACUCAGAGGAUCGUGCCAGCGACCCGGUUCCCGCCUAGGAAUGCUACCACCGUGAAACCGACUACUCAAUCCAACACCAGGAGACCCAUCAGCAGCACCAAGAAACCGACCGUGGCUACCAGCACGAAGAAACCGACUACUACCACCACGAGGAAGCCCGCUUCUCCCGCGAAGAGACCCACCACGAAACCUUCUAGCUCCAGCAUUGCUACCACAGUCCCUGUUACCACGCCCAAACCGCCAACAACGACUCCCAAGGAUCAGCCGACCAUAGCAACCACUGGCGCCAGCGUCUCGUCUACGAAACCCACGUCCACCUUCUCAUCGACACCAUCUUCGAAGCCUACCACACCUGUCACCAAGCCGACUAUCCAUAAGCACAAGCCCACCACCGUCAGGACAACCACCCCGAAGCCCACGGUGGCUACCACCAAACCAACCACGCUGCUUACCAAACCUUCGACCGCUGCCACGAGGCCGAAACCGACGAAGACAGUUGUAACUACCACCCCGAAGAUUGUGACCAAGCCGGAAUCGACCAGUACCACCGAGAAACCGGUGCCUCUGUCCACGAUCGAGGCUACCACGGUCCCCGUUACGAAAGUUAGGCCGACACCGGAGACCACGAAACCUACCAAAGUGUCCAGUAGACCUGUUACCAGGCCCAUAACGACCACUCAGCCGACCGUAGUCAGCAGUACCGUGACACAGACCAGUUCUACCACUGUGCUGGACACCACCACCGGUGCUACCAGUAAGAUACCGGUUCAGGGUGUCGGUCAGACCCUGGAGGACACUACCCAGACCACGCCGAUGGUUGGUGGUCUUGUUACGUGGACGUCCAGCUCCGACGACGCUACCACUAGAACGCCGGAGAUCUCUUCGACUGCGACCACCCAGAUCGAUCAAACCGAGAGCGAGUGGACACCGAUCACCACACCGGACGGCUGGAUCAUGAUCCAAUCGCCCACCACCAAGAAAUCCGAGAUCUCGGAGGACACCACCACGAUCAAACCCACCCCCGAGUCCACGUUGCAGCCUACUACGUCUGGCAAACCCGCAGCUGACACGACGACGGAAUCCGUGACGAAGAGGCCGACGAUAUUGACGACCCUCUCCACGAUCGCCAGCGUGACGAUAGACACGGAGCUGCCGGUGCCGAUGGAGACCCUAAACAUGUCCGAUUACAAGCAAGUAUGCGGGAGGAGGCUGUUUCCGGAGUCGAGAAUUGUCGGCGGCAGUCGGAGCUCGUUCGCGAAAUGGCCCUGGCAGAUCUCGUUACGACAAUGGAGAACGUCCACGUAUCUGCACAAGUGCGGCGCAGCUUUGCUCAACGAGAAUUGGGCCAUAACCGCGGCGCAUUGUGUCGAGAACGUGCCGCCCAGCGAUCUCCUCCUAAGAAUCGGCGAGCACGAUCUGGCGAACGAAGACGAGCCCUACGGCUACCAAGAGCGAAGGGUGCAGAUCGUUGCGAGCCACCCGCAAUUCGAUCCCCGCACCUUCGAAUACGAUCUCGCGCUGUUACGAUUCUACGAACCUCUGCUGCCGUUCCAACCGAACGUGUUACCGAUUUGCCUACCGGAUGACGACGAGAGCUACGUCGGUCGGACCGCCUAUGUCACCGGCUGGGGUCGUCUCUAUGACGAGGGACCGCUGCCCUCUACGCUGCAAGAAGUCGCAGUACCUGUGAUUAACAACACGAUGUGCGAAGGCAUGUACAGGAACGCUGGGUACAUCGAGCACAUCCCCCACAUCUUUAUCUGCGCGGGCUGGAAGAACGGCGGCUUCGAUUCGUGCGAGGGUGACAGUGGAGGACCAAUGGUGAUCCAGAGGGCACGCGACAAGCGAUGGAUCCUCGCAGGAGUGAUUAGCUGGGGGAUCGGAUGCGCGGUGCCGAACCAGCCAGGCGUGUACACCCGAAUCUCCGAGUUCCGCGAAUGGAUCAAUCAAAUCCUGCAAUUCUAAGGAUCGGAUGGACCGAUCGGGACGACGAUUUUUUUAAAUCGCUACUGAAAAGGCUGCCAGCUUUAGCGGGCGGAUCGGUGUACAUAAUAUAUUAUAUACAGAUCGCCGUAAUCGUUAUCAAACUCCGUUGAUGUUCCACGUGUGCAAUAGUUCCCGCGGCCGAUUAGGCCGUUCGGGGACCUGGAGCGAUUCAUGUAUAUGGUAUACGUACCGUGGAGAUCAGGAAGCUUUGUGUUAUCAGUGGCUUAUCAAUCGAGCGAGGCGCGCGAACUUGCUGCCCGGUUAUCAAUGCCAUCUCACGCUCGCGCUUCAACCUCGUUGCGAUCGUGCAACUAGUCGACACGCCAGUGCUCUGCGGUGUGAACAGUGCUUGAACGAUUAGAAACGCUAUGGCUGUGUGUUAUCGGCGGGCUCCGCGGCUUGUUACCUAGUGAAAACGCGAGAUCCAACCGACUGUCGAUAACCCUGCGUGGCUAUCCGACGAAUCGUCCUGACGACGAAGGGAUGCUAGUUGAACGUCGUCACAGGGUCCGUGGAAUUCCGGAUCGCGAGAUCCUUUUUUUCUACGUGAAUCGACCACGAUUUAUCAAACGUCGACGAUUUUUGGUACCAUUCUAGCUCAACGUCUUCCACCCUGUCGGCUACAAACAGCCGACCAUCGCUCAUUUCGAAGCGUUCUCGUGUCGUUUCGAGUCCGUAGAAUUCGAACUGUAACAGCAUCUUUAUGGAAAAUUAAUUCCCUGUGAAGCAGACACCCUUUAGUUCAUCAGGGUGUAAAUCCUGUGUUCGAGAUGACAAUACUUCUACGAGUUACAAAAAUGUAAAAUUAAACAACUUUCUUUUGUUUCUCUCAGAAGGUCGCACAAAUUUCCGUGUUUCUGCGCGAUUUUAUUAUUUUUAAAGCUGUCGCAAUCGCGCGAACAAUCGGGUCGAUAACGCGAAAUUCGUUUCAGCCGAGCAGAAUCGAGAUAAAGACGACCGCAGAUUCGAUAACGAACACGAGAACGCUGUCGCGCCCGAUCCCCCGGUGUCGAUUACGAAAUUAUCGGAUCGGAAACAGUGGGACGGGUAUUUGGCGCCGGUUAUUGCAGAUGCGCCAGGAUUUCCCACGAAUUUUCCCGGCGAUUUUUACAGCGAUCACGAGCGACGGACAGAGCUGCGGUCGAUCGGCAUCGGCCCCGUGCGAAUUCGCUCGGGGAAUCGCGGUUAGUCAAUAAUGAACGACCGCCGGGCGAAAACUCUGGCAUUUCGACGCAGAUGGCCGAGCAUUCUAAUCACCGGACUGUGGAUUGUAUGCCAAAAAACAGCGGAAGCAUCGGUACAUUUAUUGGAGCUGUUGUUAAUUCUCGUACGAUCCUCGGAAAUAGUGCAGAAACGAUCGUUGGGUAAUGUUUAAUAAUACUUUCCUGAAAUUGUUCCUUAUUUUAAUAUUUUACACGUUGAUCAGGGUAUUGAAGAAACAUUGAGAAACAAAGAAUUUUUAUACAAGUCUCAGCCAUUAACCCCUUGCACUAAAAUUAGAGAUUUUAUGCACUUGUGAGAAAAAUGAAAAAAAUACUAUUAUAUUAUAUAUUUUCAACUUGCCAAAUUUAUUAACAGGGGAAAUAUAUUUUCACUCGACUUUUGUUCAUUGCGAUCGGGAUAGACAAUUUUUAUUUUGCGCUAACGACCAUUGUCUAACUGUAACAACGAGUUAGACUUGUGACAAAGAUUUCAUAGAUAAUUUAAUAAAUAUUAAUGUUAUUUAUAAGUCGAACUCGUCAAAGUACGGCAAGGGGUUAAUAUCGAGGGGAGUACGAGUGUCGGAAGAAGAAAGCGCAAAUGCUGAAAAUUCUGUUUAUGCACGAGGAGCCGCAGACCGCCUCGUCCGUCGCCGUUCUCGCAGCUCAACGAAUCAGCGGAUCGAUGGAGAUCCAGCGAAAUUACUCGAAUCUCUUAUUUAAUUUAAUUUAUAAAGAAGAAGUUCAUAUAUAUGUAUACAUAUGUGCGCGUGCACGUAGCUAGGACACGUAUGGAUAAUUUAUUAUUGUACGCGUUGCAGUCGGGGCUGCGAACAAUACGAGACUCUCCCCGAGCUUGUAAAUACUCGAUCGAUUGGUGGUGCGUGUUGUACUCUAUUACACUUUGUUAUUUUUUA